AUGUCUGACUCAAAGCCCAAGGAGAUCACUGUUGACUCCUUGCCCUCCCUGCUCGAGAAUGACAACAGCGUCAAGCUCGCCGGCAUCGAUGUCGACGGUAUCCUGCGGGGCAAGCUGGUCUCCAAAAAGAAGUUCCUCUCCAUUGCCGCUACAGGCUUUGGCUUCUGCUCUGUCAUCUUCGGCUGGGACAUGCACGACAUGACCUACAUUCGCGAGCUCAAGAUCUCCAACAAGGAGAACGGCUACCGUGACGUCAUCGCUGUCCCCGACCUCGCCAGCUUCCGGAGGAUACCUUGGGAGGACAACGUGCCCUUCUUCCUCGUCAGUUUCUUCGAUCCCGAUACCCACGAGCCCAUAUGCGCCGACCCGCGAGGGCUCCUGAAGCUUCAGGUGGACAAGAUCAAGGAGCGUGGCUGGGGCGCCAUGGCUGGAGCUGAGUACGAGUUCUUCCAGUUCAAGGCGCCCUCCGACUCGACUGCCGCCUACCUCCGCGAUAACCCGCCGCAUACCCUUCCUUCACUCACCGAAGGCAUGUUCGGUUACAGCGUAACACGCCCGGUUCACAACAAGGACUACUAUUACGAUAUAUUUAAUACGUGUGCCGCAUUCGACUGUAAUAUCGAGGGCUGGCAUACAGAGAGCGGUCCUGGCGUGUUCGAGGCGGCGCUUGAGUUUGGUGAGAUCCAGGGCAUGGCGGAUCGCGCCAGCUUGUUCAAGUAUGUCGUGAAAUCAGUUGCAACCAAGUAUGCUAUAACGCCGUGCUUCAUGGCCAAACCCAAGCAGGGGCUUCCUGGCAAUUCGGGACACAUGCACGUCUCCCUCGUCGACAAGUCUGGUAAGAAUCUGCUUUACCGAGAAACGCGUGACGAGAAUGCUCCCUGGUCGGAUAUCGCGGGACUGUCAGAUAUCGGCCGUCACUUCCUCGCCGGCCUGAUUGACGGUCUGCCUGACAUUAUGCCCAUGCUUGCCCCUACCAUCAACAGCUACAAGCGGCUUGUAGAGAACUUCUGGGCGCCUGUUACUGUAUCGUGGGGCCUGGAGCAUCGAGCGGCCAGCAUUCGACUCAUUGCGCCGCCAACGAGCAAGCCAGGGGCCACGAGAUUCGAGGUCCGUGUCCCUGGUGCAGAUGCGAAUCCGUUCUUUGUCAUGGCUGCGAUCCUGGGACUCGGCUACCGAGGAAUUGAGAAGAAGCUGGAAAUCACAAUCCCGCCGCUGGGCAAAGGAGAAGAUGUCGGCGGUGACAGUGACAAGGGCAUGCGACUGGCAAGAAGUCUGAAGGAAGCCACUGAUCGAUUCAAACGACCGGACUCCGUUGCGAGAGAAGUUUUCGGUGAUGACUUUGUGGAACAUUAUGCCGGCACUAGAGAGCACGAGAUCCGCGUAUGGGAUGAGGCUGUUACUGAUUGGGAGAUGAAGAGGUAUAUCGAGACUGUAUAG